AUGCAUCGCGAUAUGAUCAAGAAGCUUCAAUGCUCACCGCGGUCAAUUUUCCUUCUUGUGUUGAUAGCCAGCCUAUCCGGCGAUGCCUGCGCCUUCCCGGAAGCUGCUAACACCACUGUCCACGAUGCAAACUUCAUGCUCUGCAUUUAUCCUAUCUCUGGUGCAUACGGCCUGCUCCCACGACUCCUAUACUAUGCAACGUUAGUCCUAGCCAUUUUCGGCAGGAACCAGGAAUGGCUCGUUAUAGGAGCCCUUGCAUCCGCACUGACUUAUGCUGGUACUGCCGCCAUACAUGCCAUGACUCUUUGCACAUCUCGACAGAUAGUCUUUGACCUCGACAUUUCAGGUGCAUGGGCCGUGCUGAGCACAGGGGCGCUCGCAUACAUUACCUUUAUCAACUGGUCAACAACAUUGCGGCACUCAAGAGCGAAAAUAGUUAUGGUGUGCUGGGGUGCCUUAGUAGGAAUUGGCCUUAUCUUCGGUAGAGUAGAACUUUACGACACAAAGCUGUCCCCCGGAGAGCCUGAGUGCCGUUCUUCUACAGGAGAACUGCUGUCGAAGCCAUUUCAACUUAUCGACCCAAGUUUUAAUUGCACGUACCAAUGCUUCUCGGCGCGAAAACCUCUCAGAGAACAAUCAGAGACUAUUGCGAUACCGAGAUCGGUUCUGUCUGGGAAAUACUCCCGUCUUAGCCUCAUCAUGGUCGGACCUGUCAUGUUUGCAGCUUAUGCGGCCAUUUCGUGGGAUACACGAGAGCAUUCGCCUUCGCAAAUCAACACGCGAAUAGUUAUGAGUUACCUAGAUCCGAAGCACCAUGCCGAGAUGACCAAAUCAAUUUACAAGGCCGCGUCAGAAAACUGGUAUGGUGGCUACUUUGCAUUAUUCAGUUAUGUGCACAGAGCACGAUGGAGUGUCCGAAAGUGUAUAUUGAGCUUCCUUGCCAUACCUUGGUUUGCCCUGGCUCUCGCGCUUGACCUACUGUGCAUUCCAUUGUUGAUAACUAACAUCAUCCUCAACGAAAUCAACCUACUUGGAUCGAAUUUACCUACGAAUGAACCUCCGUUUGCAAUCGGGCAGUGGGGCCCAAUGGUCAGCUCUCUACUGAUAGUCAUUGCCGCAAUCAUCAAUCGAAGCCUGGAGAUUCGAGAUACUCGCAAAGGUGCACCCGAUAUUCCAAGGGAAGAUAGUCAUGUAGUCUCCGUUGCGAAGCAGGAUGUGGGAGAGUUAGAAGGACAAACCAGCGGCGUCGUUCUACAGAACAUUGCACGUCAGGAGACUCUGAAGGAUAUGGAGCACAUACUAGCAGCUAGUAUCACAUACGACGCUGUCAAUAUGUUUGCAGCACGUCAAGCGUUCAAUCUCUCACAGAGACGGGCGUUUUCCGCUUCUGCCAGACAGGCAUCAAAAGUCACUGUUCUGGGCGCUUCAGGGGGGAUUGGUCAACCUCUCUCGUUAUUGAUGAAGCUGAACCCCCGUGUCACUGAGCUCGCUCUGUACGACAUUCGAGGAGGACCAGAGCAAAUCAAAGGUUAUGAUCCAACACCGUCUGGUCUGAGAGAAGCUUUGACUGGUGCGGAGAUUGUCCUCAUUCCGGCUGGUGUUCCUCGGAAGCCAGGCAUGACCCGCGACGAUCUGUUCAACACCAACGCUUCUAUUGUUCGUGACUUGGCUAAGGCUGCUGCCGACGCUUGCCCAGAUGCAAAUCUCCUUGUGAUUUCGAACCCGGUCAACUCCACUGUCCCAAUCUGCGCCGAGAUUUACAAGUCUAAAGGUGUCUACAAUCCAAAACGCCUCUUCGGUGUUACCACUCUUGAUGUCGUUCGUGCCUCUCGCUUCGUCUCCGAAAUCAAAGGUACCGAUCCUGCAGACGAGCAAGUCACCGUCGUCGGUGGUCACUCUGGCGUAACCAUUGUCCCGCUUCUGUCACAAUCGAACCACCCCGAUAUUGCUGGGGAGCAGCGUGACGAGCUGGUCAAUCGAAUUCAGUUUGGUGGAGAUGAAGUCGUAAAGGCAAAAGAUGGUGCGGGAUCUGCCACGCUAUCCAUGGCAAUGGCUGGUGCAAGGUUUGCGGAGAGCUUGUUGAAAGCUGCACAGGGCACAAAGGGGGUCAUCGAGCCUACCUUCGUGGACAGCCCCCUCUACAAGGACAAGAAUUGUGACUUCUUUGCUUCACGAGUCGAGCUGGGGCCGAAUGGCGUAGAGAAGAUCCAUGAGGUUGGCAAGGUCAAUUUGUACGAGGAGAAAUUACUGGAUGCGUGCGUCACUGAUCUGGCGAAAAACAUCAGGAAGGGGGUCGACUUUGUCCAGGCCAACCCAUAA